GGCCCUGGGACUGGGAGUGAGAGAGUAUAAGUUCUUCGAGUGGUUAAGGAGGUGGUUAUGUACAAGAAACACCAAUGGAAGUAGUAAUCGCCUCGUCACCCGUCGAUGCUGGUAUCAGUUGCUGGGACUUGAAUUCCGGCACAGAGCAUCUCCGUCAUCGAACAUGCGCCUCUGCUCCUCAUGGCCUCACUUGUGUGGGGCGUCGCUUUCUUGCAUCUUCGCAGCUUCGAGACUCUUCUUUAUCAUCUGGCUCCAUUCUCUACUGGUCCUGGAACAAGCCUCAGGUUGAAGUUAAAAGCUUUCCUGCUGAGCCAAUUAAUCCACUUGUUUCUAAUAGUGAAGGCACAUAUCUGAUUGGGGGAGGAUCAUCUGGUGACAUUUAUUUUUGGGAGGUUUCUAGUGGCACACUACUUAAGAGGUGGCAUGCUCAUUACAGAGCUGUUACUUGCUUAGUACUAUCGGAAGAUGAAUCACUGUUAAUUUCUGGGGCAGAGGAUGGAUGUGUCAGAGUCUGGUCCCUUCUCAUGAUGUUUGAUGAUAUUGGGAUGGAAGCAGCAAAACAUCAAUAUGAACAUGGUUUCUCUGAACACACUUUGCGUGUGACAGAUGUUAUUUCAGGUCAUGGAGGGUGCAAUGCAGUUAUUGUGUCUGCUUCUGAGGAUCGAACGUGUAAGGUUUGGAGCCUAUCCAAGGGAAAGUUGUUGAGAACUGUUGAGUUCCCCUCUAUAAUUGAUGCAAUUGCACUGGAUCCCGGUGAACAUGUAUUUUAUGCUGGCAGUAGAGAUGGGAAGAUAUUUGCUGGUGCACUUAAUGCUGAAAGCCCAUCUAGCAGCUGUUAUGGGAAGCAUAUUACUGGUUCACUGUCUGAUCACAGUAAGGCAGUGACUUGCUUGGCAUUCAGUUCAAAUGGAACUUUAUUAGUAUCAGGAUCAGAGGAUGGUUUGCUUCGAGUUUGGGACACUAAAACCCAUAACAUUGUUCGUAUCUUUAGACAUACAAAAGGUACCAUCGUUCUGAAAUACUGCUUUGUUGCCUAAGAUUCUUGAUUUCUGGUUAUGUCUAUUGAAUGAUUUAGGCUUAGUUUGUUUGAUGGAGGAAAGAGGAAAAGGGAAAAAGCGGUGGGAGAAUUGAGGAACUUUUCAUCAAAAUACCAAAAACUUUGGUUGUUUGUUUGUUGAAGUGGGAAACUUAUCAGACAAAGGUCAUUUAAUGCAAUAAUUGUUGUCUGCUGAUGUGGCAAUUAACCUUUUCCACCCCAUUCAUUUCCAAAGUCCUACCAAAAUUAGUAGGCCUUCAUGGAAAAGUUGGUUUGUGUCUAUCUCUCUCCUCCUCCUAUUUUCUCUCCUUCCUAUGGAAUUCUACCCCAUUUCCUUUUCUUCUCUUUCCCAUAGAACUAGACCCUACUAAAGAUUACAUAUUCCAUUAUUUCCUUUCCUUGUCAACCCAACGCACAACAUGGGGGACCCACUUCACAAGUUCCCACCCCUUUUUAUCCGUCAAACAAACGUGGCCUUAGUGUUUUGAUGCGGACAUUACUUUUAUCUCUUCCCUUUUUUAUUUAGGGAUUUUUUUUCUCGUACCACUCCUAAAAAUAUUCAUUACUUCUUGUAACCCCACGAAUUGAAAAUAAUAUCCACCGCACCCCUAAUGUCUAACACCGUUUACUUAAAACAUGAAAAGACUCUUUUUGCCCUUCUACGGUCAAAAACAAAGAUUAGGUGAUGCAGAUUUAUCACCAAAAUGGGCUUGUUUUCUUAGGAAUAAGCCUAUGGUUGGGUUGUAUGCAUGUUGGGCCUUUGGUCCGAGGGUUUUUUAAUGUAAUAGGCCACUUUAAUAGUUUAAUGAGCCUAAACCAUGGGUAAUAGGUAUGCAUACGGGAUUAGUUAUUAUGGUUUACAUGUUUUGGUUUAGUAGUGGUUUGGUUCAUUAGUUGAACCAGUCAUGGGGUCAAUAAGUGUUUAGAAGGUACUUUUACUUUUACUUUUACUUUUCUAGAAAGGGGGAGGGGAAUCAACUCACUUUUGUAGGUAAUGGUGGGGUGAAGACUUUCCCAUACCAACUUUAAGACGCGAUGAUUUUUCCACCUUUGGUAGUUGAUAGGUGAAGACUUUUCCACCUUUGGUAGUUGGAGGGGGUGAAGACUUUUCCAUUCCCACUUUAAG